AAGCCGGUGUUUCACGGCGCAGAGCGUUUGCAGCUGGUCAUUCCAGCCUCCUGGGACUCUGACUCGCGUUCGCCGCCGCGCCUCUGCUGAGGGUUGUCCCGAGAUGUCAUUCGGCCGCCAUCUGCGAGGAGCUUAACCCGGCGCACCUGCCGCCCGGAUGGGACCGCCGGAGUGCUCUGAAGUCUCCAGUGAAUAUUGAGUGGCUGAGGAAUUUGAGAAAAAGCAAGACGAAGUUCCCAUUCCAUGGAUCCCUUGGGUGCACCUUCCCAGUUUGUGGAUGUGGAUACUCUACUCAGCUGGGGUGACUUGUGUGAAGAUGAAUUAAAUUCUUCUGAUACUGCAACUCAAACUGUUCCAGAAGACACUAUUCGUUCACCUUUUCUUUAUAAUAAGGAUAUCAAUGGAAAAGUGGUUCUUUGGAAAGGAGAUGUGGCAUUACUCAACUGUACAGCCAUUGUGAAUACCAGCAAUGAAAGCCUCACAGAUAAGAAUCCUGUGUCGGAAAGUAUCUUCAUGCUUGCAGGGCCUGAUUUGAAGGAGGACCUUCAGAAACUUAAAGGUUGCCGAACAGGUGAAGCCAAAUUGACAAAAGGAUUCAACCUGGCUGCCCGGUUCAUCAUUCACACAGUGGGACCUAAAUAUAAGAGCCGCUAUCGCACAGCAGCUGAGAGCUCCCUGUACAGCUGCUACAGAAAUGUACUUCAGCUGGCAAAAGAGCAGUCAAUGUCUUCCGUUGGAUUCUGUGUCAUCAAUUCUGCAAAACGAGGUUAUCCUUUGGAAGACGCAACACACAUAGCGCUUCGCACUGUAAGGAGAUUUCUAGAGAUUCAUGGAGAAACCAUUGAAAAGGUCGUAUUUGCUGUCUCUGAACUUGAAGAGGCUACUUACCAAAAGCUGCUACCUCUGUACUUCCCAAGGUCAUUGAAGGAGGAGAGUCGAUCAUUGCCCUUCCUACCUGCAGAUAUUGGAAAUGCAGAAGGGGAGCCUGUGGUACCUGAACGGCAGAUCAGAAUCAGUGAAAAGCCUGGUGCUCCGGAGGACAACCAAGAAGAAGAGGAUGAAGGCUUGGGAGUUGAUCUCUCUUUCAUUGGCUCUCAUGCUUUUGCUCGAAUGGAAGGAGAUAUUGAUAAGCAAAGAAAACUAAUCCUACAGGGACAAUUAUCAGAGGCAGCACUGCAGAAGCAGCAUCAAAGAAAUUAUAAUCGUUGGCUAUGUCAAGCAAGAUCUGAGGAUCUGUCUGAUAUUGCGUCCCUAAAAGCCUUAUACCAAACAGGUGUUGAUAACUGUGGUCGCACAGUGAUGGUGGUGGUUGGAAGAAACAUUCCUGUAACAUUAAUAGAUAUGGACAAGGCUCUCUUAUACUUCAUCCAUGUAAUGGAUCACAUUGCUGUGAAGGAAUAUGUGUUAGUGUAUUUUCACACACUGACCAGCGAGUACAAUCACCUGGACUCUGACUUCCUGAAGAAACUCUACGAUAUUGUUGAUGUCAAGUACAAGAGGAAUUUGAAGGCUGUUUAUUUUGUCCAUCCAACAUUUCGUUCGAAGGUAUCCACAUGGUUUUUCACCACCUUUGCUGUCUCAGGACUGAAGAACAAAAUCCACCACGUGGACAGCCUCCACCAGCUGUUUUCUGCCAUAUCACCAGAGCAGAUCGACUUUCCUCCCUUUGUCCUCGAAUAUGACGCCAGGGAAAACGGGCCUUACUAUCCAUCUUACCCCCCAUCACCGGAUUUGUGACCUGCCAGCUGUCAGUGCUUCUUGAUUCCAAGGAUGCCACUUCCGCCGCAGAUCACUACCUACUGAAGUGAUGCUCAUUUUUCCUGUACAGAUCCAGAGAGCCUUUUGUCCCCACCUCUCUGGUAUUUUUUUAUUGACUGUAUAUUUUCUGGCACAUAAGCAAUCUGAAAAUGGUAGGCCAUUCUGAACUGCACACAUUUUAAAUUUGUAUAUUUGUAUCAAAUGGAAAUGUUCAUUUUUAGAGUGUUGUUAAUAGAAACUGGGGAGCAACUUUUGAGUAUCUUCAGUUUUCUGAGGGACACUGGAUUCUGCAGUAGACAAGCCACCGAUUUUAUUCAUGUCAUCUCUUUAACAUUGCACGCUUCCUUUGUGUACUUAAGUGUUUCUUGAAAUAUAUGGAACCAAUGUAUGCUGGCCAGAUGCAUUGUUUGCUUCGAUCCUGGUAUCAAUGCCAUUUAUAUUUCAUACAGGUAAUUUGGUUAUGAUACAAGAUAAUUAUCGAGAACCAAGAUGUGAAAAUGUAACUGUUCAAAAACAUCAACAUCAUUAGCAAAAUAUAGAACUUGUAAAUUUUACUGCACAAGUUGAGACUGAGGUUUACAUACUAAAGUUCCUGGGAUUGUGUGAUUUUUUUUUGUUUUGUUUUGUUUUACCACUGUUCAGAUCUCAGCCUGGUGGGGCAACAAGAAUUGCAUUUUCACCAUUUCCCCCACAAUCAUGGAUGAGAUCUCAUGGAUUUGUGCAGAAGGUUUGCACGUGCUAGUACUACAUGAAGAGCAUCUCCCAAGGCCCCGUUCCUGAGCCUAUGCUAUCUUCCCAGACUCAUAAAUUGUUUUGUUUGGCUCUCAGGGCCACUACCUCUAAGGACAUUUCAUAGCAAUAUCUCUUGAGUUGCCUGCAUCAGUAUGAAGGAAGCAUGUUGCUGUGAGAACAAGUCCAGGGACCUGAUAAUUCACUUUUGUCCAAACCAAUUUGCCACCCAGUCUCUAUUUGUGCCUUAGGUUACUUAUGAGUGCAAUUUAGAAUUAUGCUACCUACCUCACAGAGGUAUCAUAGAGAUAGUGUUUAGAAAGGGCUUUGAUGCCUCUUGGGGAAAAAUGCUAAGGGAGUUUGUGUGGUGAGGGUCUUCAGUUAAUUUUUAAAUGGGAACCAGUAUACAUGAGUGAGUGCCACAAAACACUGCUCUUGCCCUUGGCACCUUUUGAGUGUUUUUUUUUUAUUUGUGGGGACAAAGAACUGUUAGUGCAAAAUCCCAACCCUGACCACCUCCUUCCUGCUUCAUCCAGAAUUUCUUCUGGCCCUCUCUCUGCCUGAUGCUGCACUUUAACAAGAGGCAUCUGUUAGCCAUUUCAAACAUUUCUUCUUGAAUUAAGCUCAAACUAUUACCAUUUCCAUCUGGGUGUAUUCAUACUGCUUGUGAUUCCUACACCCACCCAGCCACCCCUUCUCCCUUAUCCCAUUAUGUACAGUUGUAGUUCAGAGGAGACGAAGUGGAUCCCUUCUGUUCUGAUGCAGUUGGGAGCAACGGUUCCCAAGGUCCCAUCCCUCUCUGCCAAAACACUGUUCAAUGCACAUGAAAACACAUACUUCCCUUCAUGUGUAUUAGGGAAAUAGCCCACUAGUUGCGUUAGCCCUGUCCAGUAGUUACCCUUAUAAACAAAAAGGGGCCUCGCAUUUCUUAGAUAAGCAUUCUUAUCUUUUGCAUGUAUUCAACACAUUUCUUUGUGUCAUACAUCAAAACCACUUGUUCCUUAUGUAUGUAUACAUGUUGAGGACUUUGUGUUCUACUUCCUAGGUCGUCAGGUGCAGGCUGCCAGUUGAAUGUCAGGUGUUAAAGUUCCUCUCAAACAGUCCUCCUUUACCCUUGAGCCUUAAAGAUCUGAAAUAUUAACUUCAUCUUCUACACUCAAUUUUUAGCUCCUGUUUGAAGUAUUUUUUCACUAGGAGCAGCUAGAAAAUAUACCAGCUUUUCUUUGUAAAAGUGAGACUUGGCCACCUAAAAUUGGCAUCUGGCCUAAAGCAUUUCCACCAAAAACUAUUAAUAAAGACUGCAAGCUACUUUGCCAUUUGAAAGGAAGCCAAUUUAUGUUUGUAAUUUCUGAGAUGCAGUACUUUUGAAAGGUUAUUCCUUUGCUGUAUUCAUACCAGUAUAUUAAUAUUUAAUAAUGUAAGAAGAAUUCUACAUAUCCUGGGAUUCUAGUUCAGUUAAUAUCAUAGGGUUCAAAGGUGAUAUGGGACUAUAGGUACACAUCAACUGUAUUUCAUAAUGUAGUGGUUGACUAAAGGAAGAUAAGAGCCACCCAUCUCAGUGAAACUAAAUUUAAUAUGGGCCCAAGAUCAUGCUUUUAUCAUUCCCUAAAGUGUUUGUUACAUAAUGCAGUUGUUUCAGUGUAGUAAGUCCUAGAGGGUCAGCAUAGUGACCUUGAUACAGAAAUGAUUAACAUUCAGAAUGUAAGUGUCUUUGUCUUUGUUGAACAGUUGGAUAGCCUGGAUGAUACUUGCCAUUUUCAAGGACAUAUUAGAGGAUAAAGGGCUGACUGGCUAGAGAUGAGUACUAGCAUCUGAUGUUAAUGCAAAGUACUACCGAGUUCUUAAUUAAACUUUGGUCAUGCCAAAUGUGAGUUGAGUUGCUGAAGACACAACUUAACUUAAAAAUAUUAACUGAUUAAUUAAUUCAGGCAAGGAGCAAUGUGUUUUUUAAAACAAGUACACUUCUUUCAGCAUAUAUUUGGAUUCUUCUUAAUUCAUCAGUAUCCAAGUUCAAAUUGUUUAAUACAUGGAGAGAAAUUGUUAGAAUUUGAAGUAGUGGAUAGAGAAGAUUUAUAUGGUUCUAGGGACUGUGAAUUGAUUGUAUUAAAGUCUAAAAGGACUGCAAGACAACCUCCGAACACCUAAAGUUGACGUUAGGUAGAUUGUCUAUUGUAGUUCUGUUAAGUAAUCUACAUGCCCUGGAAUGCUUUAGCCAUAGUGGCACUAACUCAGCCUCAUGGCACGUGCUUGACUUUUUGGUUUGCUGUUGCCUGAGACCAUGGAAGAUAAAGGAGGGUUCUAUUUUUGCUGUGGUCAUUUUGGGUAAAAAAUCACAAACUUGGUGGCUUAAAAAGCAAAUAUUUGUUUGGAACAGGUUUGGAAUCUGGAAGGACCCUAGAGCAAGGUGCCAGCCUGUUUGCUUCCUGGUGAGGGCCCCUUUCCUGGUUUGCAGAUGGCCUCAUUUUUUGCAUAUCCUGGUAGGAGAGUUCUAAAGAGAUCAUCACUCCCUCCUGUCUCUUCUUACCAGAGCACUAAUCCCAUUCUCCAGGACUCUGUCCUCAUGACCUAAUAACCUCCCAAAGGUCCCCACUGCAAAAUAUCAGAAUGGGGAUGGGGGCUUUAGCGUAUGAAUUAGAGUGGGAGGGGUACACAGACAUUCAGUCUGUAGCAUACCUUUGACCUGUUUAUAUCACAGACCCAAAGAUGAUGAGGAUUUUCUAGUAGGCCUAACCAUAUAUACAAAUACAUGCACAUACAUACAUACAUAAUCUGCAUUGGUUUACAUUGUUUGAGUGUGAUUUCUAUGAACAUAGAACAACAAGGAAUAGUUCAAGCUUUGACCAAACUAGCCCUUAAACAUAUGGUAUCAAGAUCAUUUUAGCUAUUAACGGCUCUCUUGAAUAUUAACUUUAUUGUUUUUGUUUUUUAAGUACAGCAUGCCUUAAAUGGAUAAGGCCACUGGGAUCAAGAAGAAAUGCAUAGAUAUUCUGUAGGUGAAUUAUGCCAACAAAAUUAUAACUGCUGAAUAUGACCUGGUAUUUUUGUUGAACAGUAAAACUAAAACAUUUUGUAUACACUAUCACACUUUUUUUAUAAUGUGCUGUUUUGUUAGUGUAAGUACACAGUCAUAAAUUGAAGCAGGACUUUGUUGGAUCAGAUCUUAUGAGCUAAAGUAUUUAAAAGCUUAACAUAUGCCAAUGAUUUGAAUUGCUGUUGGACAAGAGACCUAAAACUGUUUUGACAACAUCUUAAAAUUGGUUUAUUCAAAAUUCAGCAAGCUUUUAUGAAUGCUUUUCAUUUCAAAACAUUUUUUGGUCUUUUUUUGUUCCAGCUAUUACAUUUUAUCUUUUAAUUUUUUAUUAACAUAAAGGAGCAGAUUUCAUGUAUUUGAUAGAUGCAGUUCUAAUUCUGUGUUAGAUGUUAAGCCCCUUUUAAAGAAGGUCCCAUUGUAUGCAAGCAUAACUCAUGAAGAGUUAAAUCAGCCAAGGGUAUUAUUAAAAUGCAGAUUCUGAUUCAACAUGUCUGGAGUGGCACCUGGGAUUCUCAAUUUCUAACUAGCUCUUGGGUGAUAUCAAUACUCCUAGUCCCCAGACCACACUUAGAAUAAAAGAGCUUAGACUAUAUUGAGCUUUCAUAUUUUGCCCAGGUCAGAAAAAGGAGACUGAACAACCAUUUCAAUAACUUCUGUGGGCAAGACAUUCUCACUUUGGUUAUUUCUUUUAAUCAUUCCAGAAGUCACGUGAGGUUGGUGGUGACCUACUGAAGACCUCAGGCCCCAGCAGUACAGUGUAGAGCAGAGUUUCUCAAACCUGCAACGUGCACAUCCCCUUUUAAUAAGAAAGAAAAAAAAAUUAGCCCCUUAGCUCAGUUUUUACUUGUCAUAUUUAUUAUGUUACCUAUCUCAACAUAAAGCCAGGUAUAAACUCUUUAUGCUUACACCUUUUACACAAGUAUAAAACGAAAACAAGUUUACAGAUUAGUGACAAGCAAAACUAUAAAACUUAUAAAUAAUAUAAAUAUAAAUAAAUUUAACAGUAAAUAUGGGUGGUGAUGUUUUUGGCAGAAUAAAGCUGUCGCCUGUGAUGUGGUUAUGAUGCUUCGUGCUGAGUGCAGACUCCCGUAGAUCAGCACACACACACUGCGGGGCGUUAUGUGGUGGCUCAGCCUUCCCCUUUGGCUCUGUUCAGACUAUUCCAUUGGUCCAGCGCCUAGUGAUGUUACUCAGGCUCCAUCUGGCACGAAUGCAUCAUUUCCCUAUUAAGUCAGCCUCUAUUCCUUCUACAGCGAAAGUGGAACUGAGCUCUAACGUGGAAGUGAAAACAUAUGCAAACCUAAACACUAAAAGUCCUGGCAAUAUUUGGUUUUAAGGCAAUUAUCCAGACAACUUGGAACAUAAAUAUUAGUUAUCUUAGAAUUCCUUAUUAACAUGAAAAAUGUUUAUUCUUAAAGUGCAUUUAUAGAGACCUUCUCAUGCUCCCAAUGCACACAUGUACUCCACAGGAUUUUUAAUGGACCUUAACAAUUUAAGAAGCAAAAAUGUAGUGGUUAGGAGCAUUGGUGCUUAAGUUCUGACACACUUGGGCUCAGACCUUGGGCAUGUUUCUCCUCCUUUCAGAACCUCAGUGUUUUUCAUGUGUUUAACAGGAAUAAUAAUAUCCAUUGAAUGAAGAGGCGGGAUAGAUGCAAUAAUGAUCAUAAAGCAUGGAUAGUAAAUAUUUAUAAAUGGCAGCUACCACUGCUUUGAUUAGAAAUAGUAAUAGCUCACACUUGAGGAUUUACUGUGUGCCUUGAACUUUACUAAGCUCUUUAUACUCAUAUUUGAUCUUGCAUAUAUGAUUGGUAGAAUCAGUAUUCAAAUCCAAGUCUGACUCCAAUGCUCAUACUCUUAAAACAAAAAAAAAAAAAAACCUGAAAUAUAACAUCAACAUGAGUUGCUUAUUUUACAAGUUUUUUAAAUUGUAUUUUCUCAAAAUAUUUAUUAUAAAAUGAAUGCUGUCUCUCUAGAGAGGAAAAUGGUUACAUUUCCUUUUAAUAACUGUGUGAUGUGCUGGUAUUCAAAUGAAAUAAAUACAAGUGAUUUCAAGGCUAUCAUGCUAGGUUGUGGUACAGUGGUAAAGAUAUUAGAACAGAGUCUGGUCUGGAACUAACAGUAGCACGAGAGUCUUCCUGCACAGAAAAUAGCUUCUUUACAGAAGAGGAGUUUUACCCACACCCAGGGUUAUCCUGAGAUUCUGUGCCAGUUCCAUAAACGACUAUGCCAACUUUGUAAUUUUCAUCUAAAAUAGUUGGUCUAACUGGCCUUUAAAAUGGUUGCUAGUGAGUCUUCCAUCUUUUCCAUGUUUUCUAAGAUGAAUUUUAGAGUUCUGAAAAAUGAACAAACAUGGUGAGUUGUGUUUGUUUUGCUUUUUUUUUCUCAAAGUGAGUGAUGGGAGAAAAAGCCAGGAGAAAAUUACAAGUGGAACUCAGUUAUUUAUUAACAAAGAUGGCACAUGUCAAAUUCAGAUUCUUCCCCUACUUACUAAAACAUAUUUGCAAGAACUGUUAAAUUACUCAAGAAAUUAAGAAAUAUCCAACUGCCUUUGAAUUCUGCUAAUUAAGGUUGUUUUAAAAAUAUUUCCUGCCAUCCUAAAUAGCAGUAUGAUAGUAAUAAUAAUCUAUGUUGUGGAAUUCUUGAUUCCUUUUCCAGUCUAGUUGCUUUUCCUGUCUGCAAAGCUUUUACAUCCAGGGGGUGCCUGCCUCUCCAUAUGCGUAGGUUAGCAAAAUAGAAGAGAUGUUUUCUGUGACACUUUAUCACUGCCUCAUCCUCUCUCAGCGUUAGAAAAAAUUCUGGCAUUACAUUCAUAGACAAGGCCCAGUUCUUCCUGAGUUUCUCCCAUUAUUUGACUUGAGUUGCCAACCCUACUUCAGUUUAGGUUAUUUUUUUGUUUCUCUUAUUGAAUACAAAUAAGACUGCUUUUUGUAACCUUUUCUUUAUUACUUGGAUGGAAUGGCCUUAGAUCUUUGGCUUCUUUCAAAUCCAGACUUUUUAUUAGUAGAUAUAUAAAGCUUUUGACUACUUUAUUAUGCCUUCUAUGUUUAUGUUUUUUUAUUUUGUUUAAGGAGUACAACUUCUGUGGUAACUAGUGGAGUACUUGAAAUGUAAUCUGUAGGAGUGAAUCUGACACUUUGAGAUGCAAGGAUUAUGUUUAUUUAUU